AUGGGAGACAUCGAAGACUAUCUUCGCACGCCCCCGGGGCAUCCGGAUUUUCUGGAGAAGUACCAGGCAAUUGCCGUGAACAGCCGGCAAAUUAUGGACUCCUAUCGCAGCAUGAUCAUUCGAACAGAUUGCUCCCAAGCUGCGGCCAGCUUCAUGGCUGGGCCCCGCAGCAUUUCCGCAUUGUCCGCCAAGGCGGAGGUGGCGCUGGCAAAGUGCGGCUAUGGCGCGGCCAAGGCCAAGGGAGGAAGCUUUGAAGUGGAAGAUCCGUGUCACUGGGGCUUCCCGCGCCAUGCACUCCUGGCGCUGCUCCACGUCCUGAACCCCAUGGGGAGUCAUGCCUUGGGCGAUCCUGACCUGUUGCGUGGCUGUUUGUUCUAUGGCCUUUUGGCAGCGAAGAAGCCAUUGCCAGAGGAGCUGUGGACCGCUGAACUUCCAGAACUUCUUCAGUUGCCGUUUCGAGGAGUCUUCCUGGAGGUUCUGUUCCCAGUCGCCUCACUCGAAGCUGCUGCAGCUGCAGCCGCCUCUGCAACAGCACUGCUGGGGAAUGACUCCAGAGAGUCCAUGGAGCCAGCCUCCCUCAUGGCAACGUUGAAGGACAGCUGGAACCGCUUCGAUGCCACGCUGAAGGACUUGGACAUCGCAGAUUGGGAGUUGAAGGCCUGGCUCCAAGAGCUCACGGCCAUCACCUCACCGCGGGCCCUCGGGCUGCCCGACAGGUGGCCUUGGUGGCGAAUGGUGCAACGCAGUGGACAGCUGCGAUACAGCAGGCGAGGCCUUUUGGAGCAAGUCGCUUCUUUGAGGUGA